AUGGCCGCCUCGCCGGGCUCCGGCAGCGCCAACCCGCGGAAGUUCAGUGAGAAGAUCGCGCUGCACACGCAGCGGCAGGCCGAGGAGACGCGGGCCUUCGAGCAGCUCAUGACCGACCUCACCCUGUCGCGGGUUCAGUUUCAGAAGCUUCAGCAGCUCCGCCUUACACAGUACCACGGAGGAUCCUUGCCCAACGUGAGCCAGCUGCGGAGCAGUGCCCCAGAGUUCCAGGCAGCAGCCUCCUUGGAAGGAAGAGAAGCACCCUGGGUUCAGGCUAACAUCUGCACUCAACAGGACCAAUUCUGA